CACCUGUCAUACUUGUUUUUGUUGAGUACGCAGAGAAAGUGCAUUUUACGCAAAAUAAAUACGAUUACACCUUAUAUUAAGCUAUCAAAUGGAUUCUAACUGCUCGACGCACUAAUUAACUUUCUAUUUGCCGCUAAAGUUUAUUAACAUUGCACUUGCGUGCAAUGGAAGGCACGGCGGCGCUCCGCGGCGCGGCGCCGCGCUGGAGCCUCGCCGGCGACCAGCAGCUCUUAGACCUUCUGCAGGACAUACACCAGAGAAUAAUCUCGAAAUGCAACGAGACAAACCGGAGACUGGAGGAGAUGUCGCGGGGGCUCCGAGACGCCAGCGUCAACUUGCAGAACGUCAAUAACAAGUUCCUAGCUCUGAGCAACACGCAGUUUGUAGAGAGCCGAGUGUACGAGGACGACGCCGAUGUGGCACCCCCCGCCGUCGAGAAGGAACUGCCAAAAGCUAAAGACCUAGCUUCAGACCUGACCAAGCUGAAAGAGAGCCUGCAGAUCCUGGAGAGCUACCACGAGCCCCUUCUCAUUGUGAGGGACAGUGACAGCGAUAGCGAUAGUGAUGAGAACGAUGAUAGAUUGGUUCUGAAGCCAAAAGACCUGUACGCGGAUAGACCUCUGCCCUACAUCAUAGGCUCGCAAGCGUGGAAGAGCAAAUGGCAUGCAGGCUUGGUCCCUGAUGAUAGCGACUCCGACAGCUCAACAUCGAAGGUCGAAGAAGUGGAGCAGUAUUCAGAGUCUGAGGAAGAACGCCCUGUGGAACACUAUAUACCUGAUAGGACGAUGUCAACAAGCACGUUGUCUCUACAAUCGGAAGCGCCCGUCUCUGUCUCUCCUAUACGUCCGUCCCCUGCCGCUGUGGCGGCGGACUUAGCGCGACGACUGGGAGGAGAUAUUAAGAUACCAGAAAGAGAGCCGAUGGACACCCAACCGGAAACAGUUCCCCGGAAGUUGUACAAACCACAGGAGCCGUUAACUACAACAAUCUUCCCCGAGGAGCCUCCGCCACUAGACGACCAAUCAAGCGACGACGAUAUUUUCGCGGAGCUGCACAAAACUCAACCUAAACCCCAUAGCAAUAGGGUCGACGAUCUGUUUGACUUUAGCAACAAGCCGAGUGGGCUCGAAGAAGCGCUGUUUGGAGCGCCAAAGGUACAAACAAACCAAAACAUAGACAAACCUCUAUUCCCUGAAGAUUCGGAACCGGAAAUACCAGAAACAACAAAGACAGUAAUUAAAGAACAACCCGAAGACAAUGUCAAAAAACCAGUUGGCGGCAUAUCCUUAUUCGGCACAAACAAGCACGCUGAAAGCAUAGGGGCGGCCAUCUUGAAACGGAACCGCCGGAAAUCAUCCACUUCCGGUGACGAAAGCAACACUGAGGAGGUCCAAGUCAAAGAACCCGUCAAAGAGGUCAAAGAAAAGAAAGAGAGGGAUAUAUUCGAUGAUCUAUUUGCUAAAUCUGAGAAACUAAAUAAAAAGAAUGUCAAACCUGAAGUGGUUAAAACAAAACCCGUGCAAAAAGAAGUGACUCAACCUAAAGAAGCUAAAAAGGACAUAUUUAGUGAUAUAUUUGAUGACAUAGAUGAUAUAUUCUCUAGUGAUAUUGUGGUACAGGUCAAACCUAACGUUAAUAAAAAUGAUAAGUCCCUGUUCAGUGAUGAUGAUGAUUUAUUUGAUGAAGUGUCAACGGCUAAAAAAGAUAACACAGUCAGUGAACAAUCGAAUUCGUAUGGUGCUAAGCCAAAAGUGGCUACUUCAUCUGGUGUUACUAAUGUUGAAAAAGGUGAUGCUAAAAAGGAAAAUAAGGUCAUUAAGGAAAUAAAAGAAACAAAAAGCAUAUUUGAUUCAGAUAGUGAUGAUGGAUUAUUUGCGAAUAUUUCUGAAGAUGUUAAACGUAAUAUAGAUAAAGAGAGUAAACCUGUUGUUAAUAAACUUAAAGAUCAUUUACUUGAUGACGAUGAUGAUGGAUUGUUUAUCAAAAGUACCAAACCGAAUGUUGCUAAAAACAUUGGUAAAGUGACUGAACUUAGUAAGAAGGCCUUGUUUGAUUCCGAUGAUGAGCUGUUUAAAGAUACGAAAAAUUUAAAAAAAGCAAAAAUAUCUCAAACCAGUCCAAAAAUGACUGUAGAUGCAAAUAUGGAUGAUCAGUUAUUUACACCAGCUAAUGAUAAACCUGAAAAACAAUCAGACAAACUCGAUAUAAUUAAUUCAGUAAAUGUUAAGCGCAAUGAAGUUAAAAGUACUCAAGAAAUUAAUAUUCCUACAGUACAGCCGACAGUGACAGAUAGUAUAAACAAUGACAUUGAUAAUGAUAUACCUUUUGAAUCUCAGAAAGAAUCAACUCCAGAAUCUAGCCAUGACGGUUUUGAUGAUGAUGAUACAAUAGAAUCAACUUUCAAAAAUAAUGACAAAUCUGCAGAUGUCGAACAAGAUUCCAAAAAUAAAGGCAGUAGUGGCCAAAUUAAUGAUGACAUGUUUAGUAAACCAAGUGAGCAUACACAUUUUAGCGAAAAUAUUUUAAAAACUACAAGAAUAGCAGCAGACGAGGAAAAUAUACCAGAGAAAGAACCAAAUAUUUUUAACGAGUCUGAUGAUGAUCUGUUUAGAAGUAAACCGAAAAUUCCUAACACUGAUAAUGCUAAACAAAAUCAACAAACGACAAUUGAACCACAAACAUCAAAUUUAUUUUCAAGUUCUGACAAAAAUGAUAUCUUUUCUGAUAUUUUUGAUGAUGUACCACCGGUUUUUGAAAAACCUAAAGAACCUAAAAAAUCUAAAAACGUCAAUGCUCUUUUUGAUGACGACUCCGAUGAUGAAGCUUUGUUUUUCAAGAAAAGUGAUAUCAUCACCGACGAGAAACCAGAUUUUAGUCCUAGCGAGGAAAGAUUUGGCAUUUUCAAUGAUGAACCGCCUGCGAUAGAUGUCGAUUUUACUCAAAAACCAAGUAAAAAAGAAGAAGUAAAAGAAGCUCUAAAAACGGAAAAGGUACCUUCAAUGAUAGAUAGGACUGACAGUGUUUCAGCUAAAACGGUUGAGACUGAAAAUAUCAGUAAGUCAGCUGAAGAAAGCGAUAAUUUACUAAGCCGCGACGCUCAUGAUACCACAGAUAAUACAUCUAAAGAACCCAAAAAAGUCGGUAAACUUAAGCCUAUGAAUAUCAACAUAAAUGUUAACUCGCUCUUACCAGGAGCUUCUCCUAAAAAGAAACAGGUUGAAAAUGUCGAAGCUAAGCAAGAACACACAGCAAGUAAUGAAGAAUUAUAUAAAACCGAUAAAAUCGAACCUAAAAUGUUAAAAUCUAUAAGUUUUGAUGAUCCAGAAAUAUUAGAUAACAAAAUAUCAAAGGAAAGAGCUAAAAUACAAGUGAAAAGACGACCAUCGACUAGGCGAGCUAGGAAAGAAGCUGUCAGGAAAUCUGCCAUCGAUUUUACAGAUUCAAGUUUUGAUAGCUCUAAUGAUAACAGUACUAAAGAUGAAGUCAAAGAGAAAGUAGUAAAAACAGUGUAUAUUUUGAAUGAUGAUGACAUUUUUGGCUCCACGAAAACAUAUGAUAAAAGUAUGGAACCUGCGAAGAAACAUUUGAACAUAGUUGAUUCUGAUGAGGAAUUAUUUAAAAAACCAGAAAAGAAAACGGAUAAAGAUAAUAUUAUAAUAACUGACAGUAAAGCUGUUGAACAACCUACUGUUGAAAAGAAUGAUUCGUUUGAUUCUAAUGAGAUUGAUGAUAUGUUUAAGAAAUCAAUUAAUACGAAAGAUAUUUCAAAUGAUGAAGUAGAUAAAGUAGAUAAGGUUGCUCCAAAUGAAGAGAAAGCCGAUAAUGUAGCUACAGUAGUUGAUGAAAUAAAGAGAGAAAGUGUCAGUAAAAGGUCGGAAAAUAAAUCAUUUUUAGAUUCGGACGACGAUGAUGAUUUAUUUAGACCGACCAAUAAAAAAUCAUCAGUAAACACAACCAAUGAGACUGAUUCUGAUGAAAAACUAUUUAAAACUGCUCAAACAACUACAACAGAUACUCAAAAAGUGAAAGCUCCUAGUCUAUUUUCGAAUUCAGACGAUGAAGAUUUAUUUAAAAUAAAAACUAAAAUAACUAAACCAGAGUUUAAAACCAAUAUCAGCUCCGAUGAAGAUCUAUUUCAAAAUAAAGGUAUUGGCACUUUGGGCAAAGUUUACAAUAGAACUAAAGAUAAUAUCAAAGAAAGUAAAACAGAGGUAAAAGACACACAUAACAUAUUUGACGAUUUCCCAGCAAAGACAAUAGAUAGAAAUAUAGAAGAAAUACAACAAAUUAAAGUAAAAGAACCAAUAGUAGAGACAGUAAAAGAAAAUGUGGAGAAAGCGAAAAAAUCUAUACUAGACGAUUUGAGCGACGAAGAUGAUUUGUUUAAAAGUAAAACGAAAUUGUUAAGUAAAAAGGAUAAGAGCCUUUUCGGAGAUGACGGUGAUGAUGAUGAUCUAUUUGGGACCAAAUCUGUUAAAGAAAUCAAACCGGAUGUAACGGUCACCCUUCCUGUGAAGGAGCCUAAAGCUGCGGAGCCGGUCUUCGUGGACCCCCUGUCGCUGUUCGGCGAUGAUGAUUAACACCUCCACUGCCAAGGACGUCAACUGACGCGGCUACAACCCAAUAUCAACCUUCGUGCGUUCGUACAAGGUUCAUAAUGACAGGCGGACUAAAAUUAUAAUUCAUUUGGCAGAGUUAUUAGUAAUUUAGUUACCUUUUUAGGGUUCUGUACCCGAAGGGACCUUAUUACUAAGACUCCUCUGUCCGUCUGUCUGUCUGUCACCAGGCUGUAUCUCAUGAACCGUGAUAGCUAGACAGUUGAAAUUUUCACAGAUGUAUUUCUAUGAUGAAAUACAGCAUCUGUGAAAAUUUGAACUGUCUAGCCAUCACGGUUCUCGGGUUACAUUACACACAGCGGACAGACGGACAGCGGAGUCUUAGUAAUAG